AUGGCUUCAACGUGUCCAUCCUUAUGUCAACACCCUCAAUGUGAUGCAUUUCAAUUCACUAUCUGUCGACAUUGCCAAUUGUUUCUCUGUAUAAAGCAUUUGGCUGAACACCAACAACAAUUUCCAAGUGAUUUUCAACGAUUAUUAGAUGAUGCCAGGCGACAACAAGCACAAUUAUCAGCAUAUGAAACGCGAACAGCUGACCAACAACGUGCGAAACUAACUCAAACAUAUGAUACUGACCUAACACAAUACAGACAGUCGAAUUUAUUUGGCCAGUUUAAUAACGAACCAGAUACAACAGCUGAUAUGAAUAAUUCACCAUUCGACGAAGAGAGUCUCUUCGCUGCAUUUGGAGACCAAUCAUCGCUACUGUUAUCAUCAUCUGAUUAUAACGCCUCCGAUAUGAAUACUCGAGUACCUCGAUUCACAGUAUCGAAUACCAAACAAGAACAAAAUUCUUCUUCCUAUUCAAAUCAAUUCACCGCUUCCUCGACAGUUUUAGUUUCGAAAGUCGCUGAUGAUGGUGAUGAAAUACCCGAAACUGAUGUCAAUCAAGUCCAUAAUUCUCUAACCGUUCGAGAAUUGAAAACAUACAAAUGUGAUUACUGUCCGCUAUCGACGAAUACGUAUGGCAUUGAGUCUCACCAUCAAGUUCGUCAUAUUCCAUGCAUUCGUCGUUCAACAUCUCAAAUAUCCCUCUUCGAACAUUUGAAACAAUAUCAUUAUUUAAAUUAUGCCGCUUCCAUGCAAAUCGUUCGCUUAGUAUCAUCCGGUGAUCUUGAAGAUCAUCCAAAUCUAUUCUCAUCAGCCAGUCAAUCAUCUAUCGUCUCUAUUCUUCCAUCUUUCUUUCGUGCUCCAUGCCCACUAACACAACACAAUGUCUUCGGUCUGGGACCCAUGCACGGCAUUCGUCUGUGCUCAUCGUCCAGUGAACAACAAGAUUUCGCUUUGUACGACCAUUUUCUUGCAUUUCAUCAAUUGAAUCGUGCUAGUGCUAUGAAGUUAGUCAAAGCGAUGAUGAACAACGAAAAUAGUAGUCAAUUGAUAUUGUUUGGACCGGAUGAGCAAGUUCUGAACGAAACGGCCUAUGUCGUAUGUCCAUUAAGUAAUUACGAUGCUAUUCUGCCUCACCAAGAACGUAUUCCACAUACACCGUGUCAAUCAACAGUGAAAUUACGUUACUUGACUGGACAUUUAAGAGAUGUACAUCAUUUGAAUAAGAUUGCUGCGAAACGUAUUGCAUCGGCAUUACGACACGAGCAAGCCAAUGCUAAUGGCAGAUCACGUGGAUUGUUCGAACGAGAUGAAAACAUUUUGAAAGCAAAAAAGAAAAAAAACGCCAGUCGUUAUCGACCCCCAACUCAGUUAGCAGAUUCAGUUCAACCAACAAACAACAAUCAUCCUCAACAACCUCCUGCUCCAUCGAUUUGUCUACUUUUAGAUUUUCACCUGCAAUGUUUACGCAUAACGUCUCGAUUUCUCAACAUAUGUAAUCAAACAACUGUUCCUUCACGUUUCCAAAGCGCAUCAAAAUUAUCCAUUUUUGUUCGUCACAUGACUCCUGAUCCACCUGAUGAUGACAAAUGUCAAGUGUCCAUGUGUUGUCAGACACAUUUCACUUAUUGUCCACAUUGCAAAUUAUUUGUGUGUAUAGAACAUCUUAAUGAACAUUAUGCGAAUUAUAAACAAGAGUACCAAGUUUUGCUAAAUGAUGGGAAGCAGCAACAAAUCUUAAAUAAACAAUUUAUUGACGAUAUUGAUAAAGAAAAACAACAGUUGACAAACUUUUUCAAUCAAGAAAUCGAAUAUUAUCAAGCUAGUGAUAAAUACUUUCAUGAAAAAGCAAUCCAAUCAACGAUUCGACCACAAGAUUGUGCGGAUUUACGGUUACAUAAUUUGCAAUCAUCACAAAAGAGACUGAAAUUCAAGAAAUUCAUUCAUCAAAUUCAUCAACUGAUGAAUGAUUACGAAUAUCAUCAGCCUAAUGGAAUCACCGAAGACACUUCGGCUUCGUUAUUGCCCGUCAAGCGCGAAGGACCACUCAGUAAAUCGCGAAUUAAUAAAUCAUCACCUUUAGCGCAAUUUUCGAUCGACUAUGAAGAAAUAGAUGACGACGACGACGACGAUGAAGGAGGGAUUGAAGAGCCACAAACCACGAUCAGCAAUCAUUCAAAAACGAAUCAACCAGAGAAUUCGAGUAUCGCAAAUGGGAAACAUUCAAGUAACAUGACAAUCAGUCGAAAAGAAACGAUGUCUACGAACGCAAACAGCAAUUCUAACGGACCAAACCCAACCGACGAAGAUUUGGAAGACGACGACGAAGAUGAAGAAGAAGAAAAGGAAACCGAUGAUGAUCACAUUGGUUCUGAUCCCGAUUUUAGUGGCAAUCGUCGAACACUGAAUUCAAACUCACACGUACGACAGAAAAAAGAUAGCUCAGCGUUGAGGCCUGCUGUGAAUCAUUUUCAAGUUGGAACGUGUCCAUUAACAGAUAAAUUAUACGGUAUCGAUUUAAUGAAACAUCCCCUACGACAUGUACCAUGUACACGUAGCAACAUCUCAUCGAUUUAUUUGUUCACACACUUGCGCGUUUUUCAUUGUCUUAGUUCCAAAGCUUCACUGCGUCUCGUCCGGCAUAUAAUGUACAAUGGUUGUGCACGUGAUUGUGAUCUGUUUUCGGAAGCAACUGAAUCACUUGUAAAUAUUCUACCCAAGUCUUAUCGUGGGCGUUGUCCAUUAACGAAGUUAGGUGCGUUUGGUUUGACAAAAUUUCAUGAUAUACGAUUAUGUCAAGAACAUCAAACUCACGAAAACACAGGUUUAUUGAAUCAUUUUGUUGUUUUCCAUUGUCUUUCAUAUCCAUGGGCUAAUAAACUAUGCAACGCAAUGCAGGCAGGCGAUUCCGAUGGCAGUAGGCAAAUCUUAUUUAAACCAAAUGAAAUGAUCAAAGCGAAAAAGUGGUUAACAACUCAAGGUAAAUUGAUCCUGGCGAAACGUUAUUCAUCUGCGCGAAAACGAAAGAAAAAACUCUCGACUGCCAAUAAAAAUAAGAAAUAA